AUGGCUCCCAAGAAGGACGCUCCGGACGGCCAUUCUAACGCCCUUCUCGUUGGCUUCACAGACAAGGAUACCAAGCUCUUAGCCGCUGCUUUCUAUGACUACGAUCUUAUGGCAACGCUAACCAAAAACACUGCUGGAUCUCUAAAGAAGAUGUGGCCCCCGGUCAAGAAGAAGGCCAGUGAGAACUAUCCCUCCUUCGCGGCCCUCCUAGGUCAAGCUGGCACUGCUACCACCGCUACCGAGCCCAAGACGCCCAAGAAGCGCAAGGCUGCCGUGGAGACCCCUAAGGCCGGUGAUGUCAUGGACGACGCAGUCAGUGAGAGGGACAAAGCCGACUCCAGCGCAAAGUCCCCAGUCGCCAAGAAGGUCAAAAAGGUACCUGUUGCCCGUGGUAAAGGUCGUGCCAAGAAGGUAGUCAAGAAGGAGGCGUCAGAGUCCGAGGCCGACUUGGAUAAGGAAGAUUCUGCCAACGGUGACGACGAUGAGGAAAUCUAG